AUGGAUUUUUCGACUUUUAACGAUGCUGAACGUGCACAUAUACAAAGAUUGAUUGAACAAAAACAGAUGCGUGAUUUUAUGAAAUUUUAUACUGGUCUCGUGGAACGUUGCUUUAAUGACUGCGUUAAUGAUUUUACCUCGAAAGCAUUGACUACAAAAGAAGAAACAUGUGUCCUCCGAUGUACCGAAAAAUUCAUAAAGUAUAAUGAACGGAUCAGUCUACGAUUUGGCGAGCUUAAUCAAGAGUUGAUGCAACAACAGGCUGCUACUGCGGCGCAACAACAACCGGGAGCGAAUCCAUAG